GUUAUCAUGGCACGCGACCGUACACCAUCUGCAGUUCCAGUCCCUGCUAGCGGGAAUGAUUCUCUUCUGCACGAGACGACAAAAGGUCGAUAAACUGUCAUAGUCCAAUCGGAAUCUGUGGGGAGUAUAGCUUGCAGGUCCGUGCGUUUGUUCAACGUGGACCCACGCCAUCAACAUCUAUCCCGCGGGCAAAAAGAGGAGCGACGUUCGGCACUACGACUGAAAUUGGAAACGAAACUUGGACGCAGCACCUGUAAUCGGUGCGAUAUGUUCUUUUGCCUGUCAAAUGGCGCAAGGAAAGGACCGAAGUGGGUUGCAAUCUCGUUCGGAAGACCGCUCCAAUGCGAGACGGUCCAUUGUAGCGUGUAAUCGAUGUCGCAACAGAAAGACCCGAUGUGCUGGCAAUCCACCGUAUCCAUGUGCUGCAUGCGAAGAUGCCGGCCAAGUGUGUGUUUACUCUGAAGCCGAGAAGCGCGUUUCCAUUCCCGAAAGUUAUUACCGUCAACUCCAAUCUCAAGCGCGGGCUCAACUUCAGGCCCAGGCACAGACCCAUACCAAUUUAUCCCGUUCACAGGACAGUCGCCAGUCCUCACUGUUUACCACAGCUAGUCCUACCCAAUCCACUCCGUGCACUAGUACCGAGGCGCCUUUGGACCGUGAUGACUGGUGGUAUCAGGGUACCGACCACCUCUUCCUGAACCGGUCCGGAGAACACCAAUUUGUCGGUGCAUCGUCGGCUACCCAUUUAGCGAAACGGUUGAAUCCAACCUCGACUAAUCUAGCGUGGGAUGUUCGUCCACUAUAUGACGAUCCUUCAUCAUUGCGUCGGUCGGUAAUACGAGCCCUUCCUCAACUACCGCCCUUUGAAUUUGCCAAGCGGUUGUUCUGGGUCCAGUAUUCCUACAUUGGAACCAUCUUUUCUCUCAUUCACCCACAAGACUUUGAGGACCGACUGCAGGUUGUAUACAACCAACCGCCCGAUUUCUCCAACCGAGAGUCAUGUCUAGUUUAUUGCCAAGUUCUGCUCGCCAUAGCCUUUGGCCUGAUGUACUCGGUGAACCAAUGGUCCGGAGAUGAUGGCCCUCCGGGAUUCAAGUAUUUCAAGCAUGCCUUGCGCUUUUUACCUGAUAUCCAUGAAGAAGGUUCCAUAUUCUUCGUGGAGGUCCUGUGCUAUGUGGCGUAUUAUAUGCAGAACCUCAACCGACGAGACGCUGCCUUCCUCUAUAUCGGUCUUGCUCUCCGCAUGGCGAUCUCGCUGGGUCUUCAUCAGGAGGUCUCGGACCCAGGCAUUAGUGAAGAUGACCGAAACCGUCGGCGCCGAGCCUGGUGGUCCGUGUACAGCCUGGAUCGAUUAUUGUCAGUGAAAUCGGGAAAUCCGAUCACGAUACAGGACGAAGAUAUCGGAGUUACAUGGCCGAUUCCAGCUGAAUCGUCCCACGCUGUCCCAUGGCCAUCAGUUGUGCUUACAUAUUAUACCCAGCUGUCUAGGAUCUUAGGACGGAUCGGGGAAGAGAUAUAUCGUAAAAAACCUCGAUCUGGCUCCAACUUAUUAGCGUCCGUCCAAAGUAUCACGAACGAUUUGUCUGAAUGGCUGCGGCGGAUACCUGACCGGCUGCGCAUUGAUUUUUCGACCUUGGAUACUCAUAUUAACCGCGAGUUGGUGUCCAUCUUCUUACAUUUUUAUUCCUGCGUGAAUAUGACAGCUAGACCGUUGGUAUUCUACGUAAUUCAGCGGCGAUUAGAUGCCGAAGCGCGAGGUUCUGCUACAGAGGACUGGAAGGACGGGCUGUCUCAAAAUACAGUAGCUGUGAUCGACAGCUGCAUAACCGCAGCCCGGGCUACCACGGUUAUUAUGGAUGCUGCUGCGAAGCACAAUUUGAUUGCUACGUAUGGCUAUCUCGACGGGGAGUAUAUCUUCUCUGCUGCCCUUCUCCUGGUGAUGGUGAAUGCUGCAUUCCCACAUAAUGAAACAAAUGCCCGUGCGAUGGAGACGGCACUGAAUCUACUUCGCGGCAUGGCAGACCGCGGGAAUACGUACCUCGGCUCGCGUCAUUCACUCUUACUAGAGUUGCAGUCCGCCAUUGGCCCGAACCGUACGAGAAGAGAGGACGUCUUCAUCGAGGCUCCCGUCACUCCAAAUAGUACUCAGCAGCCAACACCAUCCACGAACGUGGCUGAAGAGCAGCAUCCAGCGGUGUCACCAUGGCCACUGCAACAAGAUCUACCAACAAUGCGAGACAUUACCUUCAACUUUGACAUAAAUGACGACCCAGGACUGUGGGAAGAGGUUCUACACCAGAUAGAUAUUGAUAUGGAUACCGACUGGAUUGAGAACACGCUAAGGAAGUGAUGAGGCUCGGCCUCAGUUUCCAGCCAUCAGGGUAAUGCAAAGAGGAGCUCUGCGGUUAUAAAAAUUGGACUGGAAGUGGACGUGGCCUGAUGAAUGUGGUGCUCUGUGUCAAGCUUGUAAUCAUUUCUAUAACAGCCCCUUUCUUGGAUUUCUGAUGCUUUGACUUGCCACUACGAAAGGAAGCACGUCGAUAAUGACUGAAGAAUGAAUGAAUGUUAUGAGAUUUUCCUAUUAAUUCAUUGUAUAGUUUGUACAUAAAUCCAAAUCAUAACUAACAAUCCUCUAACGCCAAA